CUGCACAAACCAAGAAAUAUCAGCCCCUUUCUUUCUUUUACUUUCUUAUUGUCGACUCCGACCACCAGAUUCCGGUCCAUUAAAGGACCGCAACGUUAGGCUACAGAUCAGGGAAGGUAUAUAUGAAGUGAAAUUUGCUUACAACACAUUUUUAAAAUAUUUAUUUGGCUUCACUGGGUGUUCUUGUGGCAAGUAGGAUCUUCAGUCAUCCUUGUAAUGUUCAGGUUCUUUGGUUGUGACGUGUAAACUCUUAACUAUAGCAUGUGGGAUCUAGUUUCCUGAUCAGGGAAAGAACCAGACCUCCGUGCAUUGGGAGCUCAUGUUCUUAGUCACCGAAGUCCCCAAACUAACAUUUUUUAAUGAUAGAUUCAGAUCAUAGUUUCCAUACUAAUGCCAAAAUACCCAUGCAGUAAUAAUGCAUUCCUCCAUGUACUUCUUACUCCAUGACUCAUGUUCACUGGUUUGUGAGAUUCUCAUGCUAUGAAUUUGUUUUUUUCCACUUGACUUGAACAAGUGUCUUGGAAAGAAAAAGUGAGGGAUAUGCCUAAACUAUCACAAUUAAUGGAGUAACUUCAUGUCUUCUUAUUUUCUUUCUGCUUUGGAAAAUGAACACUCCUGUGUAUUUAGCAGAGAUGAUGGGUUUUGGGAGUUGGAGUUUUCAUCCCAAACCCAGGUCUGAUCUUUUCCAGUACACUCCAUGCUUACAUCACAGAGUCUCAUCGCAGGGACGGCUGACGUUCCAGGAUGUGGCCAUAGACUUCACUCAAGAGGAGUGGGAAUGCCUGGACCUCGGUCAGCGGGAAUUGUACAGGGACGUGAUGUUACAGAACUACGGGAACCUGGCCUCCUUGGGUCUUGUCUCUAAACUGGACCUGGUCACCUUUCUGGAGCAAUUGAAGGAUUCCAGGAAUAUAAGGAGAAUGGAGACAACAGCCAUUUACCCAGCUAUGUCUCUACAAGACACCCAGGAUUUGAUGCCGAGGAAUGCAGCGUUAGAAGAUGUAUUCCCAAAAGCAAACCUAGGAAUAUAUCAAACAUUUCACCUCAGAAACUUAAAUUUAAUGAAAGACAGGGAAUAUACAAGGGUAAAUGAAAGACAGAGAGGAUGUUUAUAUGGACAUAAAGAAAUGCAGACAGUUACACAUAAUGCUAACAUUACUGGAAAAAGAAAUGAGCAACGUGAGUCAACUUGGGGAAAACAGCAACUUCAGUCUUCAACAUCUACCGAGAAGUGUAAGUGUUUAAGAAAAGAUUUCUAUCCUUUUUUGAAACAUACAUGUUCUCUGAAAGGAAACGUGAAAAAUCUGGAAGGUAAUCUAGUCCCUAGUGCAAAUAGUGAUUCAGGCAAUUCUGAAUGUAGGCUUCGACUAAAUACGCAUUCAAGCAUGUCUGAACACCUACAAUUUAACAGUGAGAGGGCAAACUCACAAUCUAAUCAAUUUGAGGGAUCCGUGAGCAGGGUGUCAUUUUUCUUCCCCCAACAAAUAUUUUCUCUGCAUUCCAAGAUGUAUCAUGUUGAUGAUAAUGGAACAGACACAAUCCAACCAUUAUUGUUCAAUACAUAUUGUGAUAUGGUUAAUACUCAACAACUUUCCAUGUUUAAUAAAAUGAGUCAUACCUUAAGUAAGAGCUCCAGCUCCAAUAAUUACAAGAGUAUUUAUGGUGGAGUGAGAAGGUAUUCAGGCAAUGAAACUGGGUAUACGGUUGAAGGAGACUCAAACCUCAUGAAACAUCAGGGAUCCGAAUCUUCAGACAAGGAUUCUAAAAAUAAUAAAUGUAGAAAUACCUUUGACCAAAUGUCAGGUUUUUCUGUAGAUAAGAAUACCUGUACUGAAGAAAGGAUUUGUACUGAAUAUGGUAAGGUUUCUAAUCAGUCUUCAGAACUUAUUCAACAGCACACUGUUCAGAAUCCACAGAAAGAAAACAAGUGUAAGAUAUGUGGGAAGGUGUUUAGUAAGUCAUGCCAUCUAAGUAGACAUAACAAAAUUCAUACAGGAAGGAAACCUUUCAAAUGUACAGAAUGUAGCAAAGUGUUUAACCUUCGCUCACUUCUUACUAAGCAUGAGAGAAUUCACACUGGAGAGAGACCUUAUAAAUGUACAGAAUGUGGCAAAGCCUUUACUUACAACUCACAUCUUACUCAACAUCUGCGAAUUCAUACUGGAGAGAAACCUUAUAAAUGUACAGAAUGUGGCAAAGCCUUUAUCUGUUACUCACAUCUCACCUAUCAUCAGCAAAUUCAUACUGGAGAGAGACCUUAUAAAUGUACAGAAUGUAGCAAAGCCUUUAUCUGUUACUCACAGCUAACCUAUCAUCAGCGAAUUCAUACUGGAGAGAAGCCUUAUAAAUGUAAAGAAUGUAACAAAGCCUUUCAUCGUCUUUCACUUCUUACUGGACAUCAGCGAAUUCAUUCUGGGGAGAGACCUUAUAAAUGUAAAGAAUGUAACAAAGCCUUUAUUCAGUGCUCAAAUCUUACUCGACAUCAGCGAAUUCAUACCGGAGAGAAGCCUUAUAAAUGUAAAGACUGUAACAAAGCCUUUCAUCAUUGCUCAGUUCUUACUCGACAUCAGCGAAUUCAUUCUGGGGAGAGACCUUAUAAAUGUAAAGAAUGUAGUAAAGCCUUUAUUCAGUGCUCACAUCUUACUCAACAUCAGCGAAUUCAUACUGGAGAGAGACCUUAUAAAUGUACAGAUUGUGGCAAAGCCUUUAGUCAUAGUAGUAAUCUCACUAAACAUCUGAGAACACACACUGAAGAGAAACCCUAGUAAUGGAACAAGUGAUGGAAGAGGAUUGUCCUAAACAUGCAUUAGAAAACACAAGAGUUUAUAUAAGAAACCAAUGGAAAUGAUGUAACAAAUAUGUAGAAAGGUAUUUAAUCAAAAGUUAAAUUGAAGUAAAUAUCAGAGGUUGCAUGCUAGAAACCAUUUCAUCAAUUUUGUUUUCAGAGGUUUCUCUGAAGUACAAUGACUGUAGGGAGUACUCCAUAGUUAAAACACAUAGAAAAUGGAUAUAUUAGCAUGAAUCGUGAGAUGAAGGUUGAUGCUUAGAAAGUUACAAUUCUUAGUAAUGUAUGUAUGCUUGUUAAUAAUGACGUGAUUUGAGAUUAUUUGAAGUCAAUGUAAUUCAGCACUCAAAUAAUCCAUACUAUGCUUUGUUUCUAGUGUUUUUGCAAACAUAGGUUUUUGAUGGUUUACUAAAGAUUAGCCUUUUUAUAUGUGUUGCAACCAUUUCUGUCUAUUCUCCAUUAGAAGAUGAAGGAUACCAUAAUAUAAAAUGGACAAUGAACAUCUAAAUGGAGGUAUUUGUCAUUGAUGUGAAAUAUCUGCAGGUAGCCAUGAUAUAAGUGGUCAUUUAAUCUUUCCAUGUAUUAAAGUAAGACAGAAGUUGGUUGUUAGGUGUAAAUAGUAAUAUCCUUGAUUUGUAAGAAGAACACAAUGACAGUUCACUGCAAUACUGAUGUAUCUUUAUAAUAUCAACACAAGUCAUGAUUAUUACUUGACACUGUUGAAAUAAAGACAGUGAUAACCUAGAAACGUAAGAAACCCUUCCUGGAAAAGGCAUGGAAUUAGUGUAUACCAUGCUUGUGAAGUGCUUCCUAGGCUUUGGUAAGCCAUAAAAAUCACAAAUCUCACAUCAUUUUAUCAAAAAAUGAAUAUAUUUCCCCAUACUUUUUAUCUGUAUUUAAUCAUGGAUCAUACUGUGGCUUGUAAAAGGUUUUAUUUCAACUAUGUGUGAAAUUAAUACAUGGUUAUUAAUGAAAGUGAAUGGCUUUUAGUGUUUCA